CCGACGGAUUUUCUUGCCAAAAUGCCGAAAAACCGGAAAAUGAUUCUUUUAAAGUCAGGAGAGGAAUAAUUCCAGUCAAUUAAUUUCGGAAUUAUGUCUUAAGCUUCUUUCCCUUUUCGUAUUUAGCACAUGUGUUUGUUUGUAUAUAUACUUAGUAAGUUUUCUAACUGUUCGUAUUUGAAACAUUUGGAGUAGUUGCCAGCUAUGUGGCUCUGUGGAAUUAAAAUUUUGUUCUGUUUUCUUGGUGUGCUUCAACUGUGUUGUUGCCAAGAAUAUGACUUCGCCGCAGAAAUAUCGAGACAAUGUUUGGUUCCAGAUCCCGUUGGUUUAUUGGACUGCGUCGAAAAUAAAGUUACGCUACCAUACUUGACAAGCUGGGUGGACUGCACAAACAGUUUGGGUCAAAAUGUUCGUACUUCAGCUGAUAUCAUCAAUUAUCGAUGCAAAAGUGUCUGGGAAGGUAAAGGUGUUAUUCCUGAAGUAUUUUACAUUAAAGAUUGUGUCAUUGAAAAAACUGGACUACCAGCAAAAAAUGUAUCAGCAGAAGUUUUAGGUGCUUACAAGGAAUGUGAAGCCACACCAAGUGUUUCAAAGACUCCCCAAAUGAAUACCAAAACAGCUCCAAUACAGCAGCAGCACAUACAUUCAUCAGGAGUUGAAUACACAUCAAUUGCACAAAAUCCACAAGCACAAAGUGGCCUAUUUUCUUCAACUGCUGAAAACAAGCCUUCAGUUCAACCAUCAACUCUAACAACACAAUAUGGUCAAAGAAUAAAAUCUUCCAACCCUGUAAUCCAACCCAUAGCUCAAGUUCAAAGCCCAAUCACAGCAAGCGCACAGAAUGGACAAAACAUUCAACAAUCUUACUCGAGGAAUCAAUUUGUACCACAAGUUCAAGCACAACUUCAAACAUUUCAACAAUCACAACAACAGUCACCGAUUCCAGCAUUUAAUCCUUUUAUCCAGGUGCCAAUGCAGAUAAGACAGCCUUACUCACAACAGUAUUUCAUGAUUUACCCUCAAGCUCCACUGCCAUCUCAACAAACCUAUCAAGCAAGCCAAAAGACAACUGCUCCUUCUCAAUUCACUUCACAGCAGCAAGCAGUUCCCUUGCAGCAAAGUCCAAUUUAUAAUCAAAACUCAGGCUUCCAUCAACAUGCCCAAGCCCCACUUCCAUCUCAACAAACCUAUCAAGCAAGCCAAAUGCCUACUCUUUCUCCUCAAUUCCUUUCCCAACAACAAAUAGCUCCUUUUCAACAAAGUCCAAUGUACAAUCAAAACCCUGGCUUCUAUCAAUAUAGUUUCCAAAUACAUCAUCCACAAUUGCGAAUCAAUUGAGAAACUAUCAAUAACUUGGAAUACA